GUAGUAAAAUUUUCAGAAGCUGUCUGUGUGUUAUAUCAAAAUCAAAUGCUUCUAUUGUGAGGAGAUAGAAAUAACCAUAUUCCAAAAUUUUUAAAAUCCAACUAAUGACUGUAUUAAACUUUGAGUUUUCUGAUUCUUCAACAAAACAAAACAUUCAUCAAUUCCCAAGUUUCUCCAUUAACAGAAACAGAUAAUCUCUCUACCUCACUUGCUCUCCACUUUCCUUUCCCCUAGGGUUUGGGUUCCUCUUCUAGGGUUUUGUACCAACAUAAUGUUAAUUUUGUCUACUCCACUUUAGUCUUUAAUGGAAAAGUGUUAGAAAUUGGCAAAGAAAAAAACCGCAUUUUGUUUUUCAAGGAAAAGUAAAUUUCGAAUAAACUUAUAUCGAAGGAAUUAUUUUUUUACUUUCCCUAUAUUGUGUUCUCUAAGAGCUGAGAUUUGGAGGUAGAGCUGGAUCAAUGAGAUUCUGAAAUCGGCAUAAAUGAUAGUUAUUGUAGUGACGUCUUAAGCUCAAGGAGAGGUAAAGAUCCAUGUUGUCACCUCUCUAUGAAAGUCUGAUGAAAUUUAAUUUCGUCUAGAACCCAAAAAGGUAAAACAGAGCAGGAGAAUUGUGUCUGCAAACAUGCAUUUUGCUAAGCUUGAUGACUCUCCGAUGUUCCGUAAGCAGAUACAGACUUUGGAGGAAAGUGCUGACUCCUUGGGGGAAAGAUGUUUGAAGUUUUGCAAAGGAUGUCGAAGAUACACUGAAGGACUCGGUGAGGGAUAUGAUGGAGACAUAGCUUUCGCCAGUGCACUGGAAACCUUUGGUGGAGGCCAUAAUGACCCUAUUAGUGUUGCCUUUGGAGGUCCUGUUAUGACAAAAUUCACUAUUGCAUUGAGGGAAAUUGGGACAUACAAAGAAGUUCUUAGAUCUCAGGUUGAACACUUGCUAAAUGAUCGAUUGCUGCAGUUUGUAAAUUUAGAUUUGCAUGAUGUCAAGGAGGCACGCAAACGCUUUGACAAGGCUAGUCUUCUUUAUGACCAGGCUCGUGAGAAGUUUUUGUCAUUACGAAAAGGCACAAGAAGUGAUGUAGCAACUGUCCUGGAGGAGGAGCUCCAUUAUGCUCGGUCAACUUUUGAACAGGCGCGAUUUAAUCUGCUCACUGCUCUUUCAAAUGUUGAAGCAAAGAAAAGGUUUGAGUUCUUAGAAGCAGUUAGUGAAACAAUGGCUUCUCAUCUGCGCUAUUUCAAACAGGGAUAUGAGCUGUUGCAUCAGAUGGAACCAUAUAUUAACCAGGUCUCAACUUAUGCAAAACAGUCAAAAGAGAGAUCCAACUAUGAGCAAGCAGCUCUUAAUGAGAGAAUGCAAGAAUAUAAACGCCAGAUUGAUCGAGAGAGCCGGUGGUCCUCAAAUGGUUCAAAGGGAUCUCCGAAUGGAGAUGGAAUCCAAGCCAUUGGAAGGAGUUCGCAUAAGAUGAUAGAGGCUGUCAUGCAAUCUGCUGCAAGAGGAAAGGUCCAAACAAUUAGACAGGGUUACCUUUCGAAGCGAUCCUCAAACCUGAGGGGUGAUUGGAAAAGAAGGUUCUUUGUCCUUGAUAGCCGGGGUAUGCUGUACUAUUAUCGCAAAAGAAGCAGCAAACCUUCUGGCUCAGGCACUCAACUUGCUAAUCAAAGAAAUAGUUCGGAAUUGGGUUCUGGAUUGCUAAGUCGUUGGUUGUCUUCUCAUUAUCAUGGUGGGGUACACGAUGAGAAAUCUGUUGCUCAUCAUACAGUAAACUUGUUGACUUCAACAAUAAAAGUUGAUGCCGACCAAUCAGAUUUAAGAUUCUGCUUCAGAAUAAUAUCCCCAACAAAGAACUAUACACUCCAGGCAGAGAGUGCCCUGGAUCAAAUGGAUUGGAUUGAGAAAAUAACAGGGGUGAUAGCCUCAUUGUUGAGUUCUCAGACUCCUGAUAGGUGUUUACCCACUAGUCCAAUGGGAAGUGGACAUCAUCGGUCCACUAGUGAGAGUAGUUCAUUUGAAAGUGCCGACUUUGAUCAUGGAGCAAUUGAGGAGUACACAUCAGAGCGAUUUAACUCGUUACAGAUAGACCGUCCUCUGAGAAACUCACAACAGCAAAGAACUGGUGUAAAAACCGAGAAGCCAAUUUAUGUACUGCGAAAAGUCUGUGGUAAUGACAAAUGUGCUGAUUGUGGUGCUUCUGAACCAGAUUGGGCAUCCUUGAAUCUUGGCAUUCUUGUAUGCAUUGAAUGCUCUGGUGUUCACCGUAAUCUUGGUGUGCACAUAUCUAAGGUCAGGUCACUAACUCUCGAUGUUAAGGUCUGGGAGCCGUCUGUUUUAAAUCUAUUUCAGUCUCUGGGAAACACCUUUGCAAAUUCAAUAUGGGAGGAAUUACUGCAGUCAAAGGGUGUCUUCCAAGUCGAUCUUGGUCCGACAGGAUUGUACCAGAGUAAUAAGCCACAAAUGCUUUACUUCAGCAAGCCCAUUCCCGCAGAUUCAAUUUCUACAAAGGAGAAAUUUAUUCAUGCGAAGUAUGCGGAUAAAUUUUUUGUUCAGAAGGCCAUGGACCACCAGCCUCUAGCACAGCAGAUGUGGGAUGCUGUCCGUGCCAAUGAUAAGAAGGCUGUCUAUGGGCUCAUUGUCAACUCAGGAAUAGAUAUAAAUGCUAUUUAUGGGCAAGGAGCUAGUAGCUCGUCUCUCACCCUUGCCAAGGUAAUGCUGUUGCAAGAGCAGACUGCUCAUGAUCCGUACUCUGAUUGCUUGGAAGCUGGGAUGUUGCAUGAUACGUUUCCAAGUUCCAUAAACCCAGCGUGUACAAGCAAAGACAACAGUUCUGUUGAGGAUCUCGACGGAUGGUCCUUGCUUCACCUUGCUUGUGAAACUGCGGAUAUAGGAAUGAUAGAGCUUCUUCUGCAAUAUGGUGCAAACAUAAAUGCCACUGAUUCCAGGUCACACACACCCCUUCACCGGUGUAUCAUUAAAGGCAAAGCAGCAUUAGCAAAGCUUCUCCUAACAAGAGGAGCUGAUCCACGAGCUGUUGACUACCAAGGAAGAUCCUCACUCCAGCUUGCUGUAGAAUAUAGUUUUGAUGACACUGAGGUCCUUGCGAUUCUGUCGGAAUCACAUGGAUGAUGAUCUAAAUCAAGGAAAUAAGCAAGAUAUCUCUUAAGGAGUGAAGCAGGAAUGGUGGUGAUUGGGGGCGUUGGGAGUCAGUCUACUGUAAUUAUGUGUUGCUUUCUCAUAGAUGGAGAACGCCAUUCAUGAAUCCCGGGUUUCUGCGCAGGUAGCAUAUGCUUGUACAUCGAUCCUGAGGUUAAUUUUGCCAUUAUGAUUACUGGUGUAAUAUAUAAUGUUGGUUGAGUAAUUAUUAAUUAAAGUGGUGGGUUGUUGAGGGGGAUUUUGGUGUGUUGGUGUGUGUUUUGUACAUGCUAGUUAGGAUGGUGAGUUUUUUGUGUCGUGUCAUAACUUUUUGUGUAUACUCUGCCAGGAAUUUGAACAGGAGUUUUGCCUUGUCAAUUUCUCUUGCCUUCACUCCUUUUGUAUUAGGUGGUGCAUGUAAUUUUGAUGGUCCCUUUUUACAAUAUUUAUUUAUUUAAUUCA